UUUAAUGUCAAGAUAUUAAAAUAUUUCUUGAUGAAAGAAAUAAAAUGACUAAUCCUCAACUGACAAAAGAUUACUUUUCGAUUCUGGAACAAUGUCAAGACCCCGAUGUGGCCUUUAACGACAGCCCCAUGCAAAAAGCUUUAGCUUCGGCUUGGUUAAUGAAGCUUUGUGGCGACAUCUAUCCUAGCAACGAGGAUAAACAAUUAAGAAACCUUUAUUUGCUCGAACUAUCGAAAUGCAUCGAUCAGAGAAGACUUGCGAAACACUUUCAAACACCUCCUCCCAAAGGUAAACUUCAACCUCUCGAAAUGGAUUUGAAAGUCAAAAUCGACCCUAACACAAUUAUUGAAGAAAUGCAAGCUGCUGCUGCUGAACUAGUCCCUCCAGUGACUCCAAGGAACUAUCAAACCCACAUGAGUUCGAAAUUAUUUGAUGAUAAUCGUGGAGCUUGCACAUACAUUGCUGUAUCCCUGGGCGAUCCGAGGGAUGGACCGAUCUGGAUGAAAAUGGGAUAUAAGGACACAUUGGAAAAUAUCAAAAAAGAAGAGGAUUUUGAUGACUCCUUUUGUGAGGAUUAUGAAGAUGAUGAAGAAGUUAAUGAGGAGUUUCUACAACAAUGUCUGGAAGAAACUGCUAAGGAGUUAUCAGGCCAAACACAGCCCGGUGAAUGUCCAUUACUCGAUCAUCAAUUGAAGCUUUAUGAAAAGUUUAUUCGAAACUAUGACAGUGGAAACGAAGCAAGAAACUUAAAUGAAAGAGAUUUGAGAACAUUUUUGUUAAUAAAUUUCCAAACCGAUUUGGUCCAUGCAUUUCAUAGAAAAAAGUAGAAAAGUCUUAAUUAAGAAAACGUUGUGUUUUUACUAAAUUUUCAGUCGAGGGAAAUUUACA